AUGUCAUAUAACGAUAAAGAGAGUACCGAUCGUCAAAUUGAAGAAUUCAAACGAUCUUUUGCAUUAUUUGAUAGAGAUGGAGAUGGUAAAAUAACGGCUCAAGAGUUGGGAACUGUGAUGAGAUCUUUGGGUCAAAAUCCUAGUGAAAUGGAAUUGAGUGAUAUGAUUAAUGAAAUUUGUAUUGAUAAUUCAGGAUCUAUUACAUUUCCUGAAUUCUUAACUAUGAUGAUUAGAAAGGCGAGAGAUACUGAUAGUGAGAAUGAACUUAUGGAAGCAUUUAAAGUAUUUGAUAAGAAUGGCGAUGGUAAGAUCAGUGCAUUAGAAUUAAAACAGGUUUUAACGACUAUUGGUGAACAAUUGAGCGAUGAUGAUAUAAAUCAAAUGAUUACUGAGGCUGAUACCAAUGGAGACGGAGAGAUUGAUUUACAGGAAUUCAUUCAGUUAUUAUCAUCAUCGUCAAGUAAUACUCCUAGCACCGUUGAUGAACAACUAUCAAAAGAAAUUUUAACUAGUAAUCAGAUAGCUCAGUAUAGAGAAGCCUUUUCAUUAUUUGACAAGAAUAAAGAUGGUAAGAUAGAUCGUAGAGAAUUAGGAACAGUUAUGAAAUCUUUAAACCAGAAUCCUACUGAUUCCGAAUUGGAAGAAUUGAUUAAUCAAGUCGAUAUAAACAACGAUGGCACAAUUGAUUUCUUCGAAUUUGUAUUAAUGAUGGCAAAGAAAUUGAAAGAUACUGAUGAUGAAUUGGAAAUACAUGAGGUGUUCCGAGUUUUUGAUAAGAAUGGUGAUGGCAAAAUAAAUGCUGAAGAAUUGAAACAUGUUUUACAUUCAAUUGGAGAAAAUUUAACAGAUGAUGAAAUAAACUUAAUGAUAAAAGAGGCUGAUAUAGACAAGGAUGGGUUUGUCGAUAUAACAGAAUUUAAUCUCUUAUUGCAGCAGACUUCCUUUGCUUAG